AUGGAAUCCACCGAGCGGCUGAGUCCAUGCACCGAGGGUGCGCCUUGCUCUGGAUUCUUUUUGGUUCAACCGGUGGAUCUCCCGAUGUUCUCAGCCGAAAAAACGGGAGGUGCCUGCGCCUGGCUGCCGCGGGGCCAUCCGGUGGAGGAGGUGGUGCCGGGCAAAGGAGACCCGGCCGUGGGGAUCUCCGCAAUGGUCAGCUUGGGGGAGCUUUUGGGUGGCAUGUCGAAGAUGCGCCAGAUGGCUGCAACCGAGGUGGACCUUUACCUGGGCCACAACGGUUUCUUCGCCGCACCCAGCGCUGGGGCCAGCAGCUGCGGCUACUCCCCGGGAGGACGCAAGGUUUGCUGGGAGUCCUUCAGUCCUGGUGGCGCGACAGCUGGCUGCAAACGGCACAGUGCAGUUGCAACUGUCCGGGUGCGCCUGGGCCGUUGGGAGAGGGUGGAGCGUUUAUUUGGGAAAAGGUCGCAGUCUGGCGAGCUGACCCUGAGCGCCUUUAUCCACGCCCUGGAGGAUGUGGUGCUGUUGGAGUUGCAGGGCGACGCUGGUGAGGUGGAGGUGACUUUGUGGACCUUCUCCGGGUGCCAUGGCCCACCGCGGCCACCUGUCUCACCCAGCACGCCGGUGCCGGAGGGCGGGCUGCCAGUGUCCAAGACCACUGGCCCCACCAGCGAUCGGCUGCCGUCGCAGAUGGUGGCAGGGCCUCAAACGCUGCAGGUGAUGCGCGGCAAUGGCUGGCCCUUCCAGGCGGCACACUUCCCCGUGCGCUGGUUCGGCCUCACGGGGAGCAUUCGGAAUGAAGCCAUGGAGAAGGGACAGUUUCAUGAGGUCGAGGCCAUGGGCCGCUGUGGCCCGGAGCUCUUCCUUCGCGGCCCCUGUGCCCGCGGCACCUGGCGACCCUUUCAGGGUCAAAGCUUGGCGAUUCAGCUGAGCAUCUGGCCCUUGCUGGACCAGCCCCAGCUUCCUGAACUGUGGGGUGGCCCAAGGAUGUGCGGAAGUGAGUUCAGCGGCCGAGUGUACAACCAUUGCAAGCUGGUCACUUCAGGCCUUCGGGUCCCACAGGUGCCUGUAGGUGAGUCAACCCUGCCGGCCCUGGCCUUCGGGGUUGGCUCUGCUUGGCUGGGCGACAAGGAGCAGCAGCAAAACUUGAAGCGUACGGUGCUGCAAGCGCUGGACACGGGCUUUCGGCACCUGGAUUUGGCUGAAGCCUACCACAACUCCCACGUCGUGGGGGAGGCCGUCCAGGAGUGGUUGCAGAAGACGGGCUGCAGAAGAGAGGAGCUGUUCAUUACGAACAAAGUCAUCAGCUUGGACAGCGACAUCGCCCAGGUCUGUGAUCAGCUCUUGAAGGACUGCAGAGUCGACUACUUCGAUCUGUUCCUUGUGCAUUGUGCCGUCUCGGAAGAGAACGAGCCGUUCGCCAAGCCGUUUCCCACGAUGUGGGAAGAAAUGAUGUCGCUCCAAGCUGCUGGCAAGGUGAAGGCAAUUGGAGUGUCGAAUUGGCGGAUAGAAGAGCUCCAGAGCAUCGAAGGUGCCGCCGUGCAGCCGGUGUGCAACCAGCUUGAGGCACAUCCCCUGCUCCAGCAGAGAGGCUUGCGGGCCUAUUGUGAGACGAAGCGAAUCGACAUCACUUGCUAUGGGGCCCUGGCGCCCUUGUCGAGGAGUGGAGCCCUGGAUGCCGCCCCGCUGCUACGCCAGACCUUGGAGCAGCUGGCGGAACGGCACCAGAAGACGCUGGGGCAGGUGCUGCUGCGCUGGGGCCAUCAGACCAGCCGUGUGCUGGUGACCACCACGAGCAACCCACAGCGGAUGGAAGAGUAUUUGGACAUGUUCAGUUUUGAGCUCUCUGAGCAGGACGUGCAGAUGAUCAGCAGCGCAGGCUUCCGCAGCACCCAGAAACGCUUCACGUGGCCCAAAUGCGUCGGAGUUGGAAAGUUCUGGUCAGACGAUCCGAUGACUGAAGUCGAAAGCCAGGAGUGGCCCCCUUCAGCAAAGGGUGUCCCACAUUUCCAAGCUGCGGUGCUGAAGCCACGGGAUUCCCAGGAGACCUUGACCUUGACCCCUGGACCUUUGGGUCCGAUUUGGACAGAUGAGGAGAAUCUCAGUGUAGCGGGCGGUGCUUUUGAGCACUACGCGAAAGCAGGUUUGGUACCUUUCAACUUUGAUCACAGGUUUCAUUGGUACAUGAGUCACUACCUCUUGCGCAUUUCUUCCUACGGCACCGCGCCGGGCCUCUUUGGACCCUUUGUGACAGAUGACGAGGCCGCGGAUGGCGGAUAUUGGCGGAUGGCCCUGGGCUAUCGCAUGCUAUCGCCUGAUGAGGUGCUGUGGUCAGGGGACAUCACCCUGAACUACAACGCCGCAGUGUACUACGAUGCAGCGGCAGCCAACCACAUGGAGGUCUUUGAGCCGUACUUCCAGGCGAUUUUGGAUUUCUUACCCGCGGCGGCGCGCAUGGCGCAGGAACUCUAUCCCAAGUGCCCCGAUGCCCUGGUCUUUCCGGCGCACAUCUUGCCCAAUGGCGUGCAUGCGCAUGGCGUCGGCCGAGGGGAUUUGGGGCAGAAGCAGAUGGGACUCUUCGCUGCAGUGCCGUUCAUUCUGUAUUGGCGCUACUCGGGGAACUUGGCGUUUGCCCAGCGUGCGUUGCCAUUCCUCAGCGGUGUAGCAAGGUUUUGGGAAUGCAAUCUCAUGGAAGGCGCAGAUGGAUACCUCCAUGAUGCGGAGGAUUGCGCCGAGGAGAUCUGCCUCCCAGAUGGCGAUCUGCAGCCCGAUCCCACGGUCGUCCUGUCCUUGCUGCCCAGCUUCUUUGAAGCCGUUGCAGAGGUUGAACAGGCAAAUCGUGUGCAACACGGUCGAGAGCUCUUCGAGGGCAAGGUUAUUUGUGAUCUGUCGGCCAGUAAAGGUCGGAUCCUCCGCGCGUGCCGCAGCUUCAAGCAGGGGGAACUCAUUUUUCAGGAGCCCCCGUUGCACAUCGUGGUUGGGACUCAGACGGAUGAUGCCUUUCGGAUCGUGAAGCGAAUCAGCACAGCCUUCCAGGACACUGCCUACCAGCCGCUAUGGUACUGGGCCGCGCUGUGCAGUUUGACCGCUCCGGAGCUGGGGCCGAAUUCCAAGCUGCAACCCGUCAGGGAAGAGCAACAGAAGAAACUUCUGUGCCUCUACCAUGAGCCCAUCGUUGAAGCAAGCCCAGUUGUUCUGGCUUUGGUGAAGGAGCUUCAGCUGCCGGUGGACCCCUUGAAAGUUGAGGAGCUACUGAGGUGUUGGAUCCUGAACUGCUUUGAGCAUUCAGAGGAUCCAGAGGGCUAUUCUGCUUACUUCAUCUCUUCCUUCAUGUCGCACUCCUGUAAGCCGAACGCCAUUUGGCACGAGGGCUCCGAUGCCAUGCACGUGGUACGAGCGCGGCUGGACAUUCAGGACAAAGAAGAGAUUUGCAUCUCGUACCUCUCAGAGGACAUGUUGAUGUACAGCGCACUGCAGCGAAAGAAGGCGCUCCGCAAGACCAAGCUCUUCACCUGCGCCUGCGAGCGCUGCGCAGGCUCCAAUGGCGUGCCCGGCACCGAUUGGUGUCGUGGCUUCAGGUGUCCGCACUGUGGCAAUUGCGGCAUUUUUCCGUCCACUGGCAGUUUGCCAGCUGAGGACUUGGCAGCUCUGCGCUGCAGCAUCUGCCAGCGCUGUUGUGGAGACUAUGCCGCUGGCCUGCUGGACACGGAGAAGUACAUGCGGCAGCGAUUGCAAUCCGUCGACGAGGCCAGCUUUCUCCAGCUGGCCGAAGGAGAUGUCAGGCAGCUGCAGGAGAUGAUGGGCGACCAAGCCGGUGGCGCCUUAGGGCCUCAGCAUUGGCUCUGCGAGCGUCUCUGGAGCCUGGUGGUUCCCUGGUUGGACGCCAAGGGUCGGAGCAGCGAAGCCUUACAGAUGUUGGAGGGACGCGUUAGCUGCCAGCGAGAGAUGUUUCCCUGGCCGAAUGCCACCAGAGCCUGGACGAUGCAGAAGUAUUGUCGCUUGCUGCUGCGGCACUACAAAAGCACCUCGCAGGAGAAAGGCCGCCUGCCAGUGAAGAAGGACGCGCCCCGGCGCAUGCUGGCGCGCGCCCUGACGCUGCAGGAGGAAGCGCUGCGGCUGCUGACGCUGCUCUUCGGAGACGAGCACAGGUAUGCGGCCCGUGCCAAGAAGAAGCUCCGGCGCCUGAAGACCUUGGCCGACAAAGCGCGGCCGGGCGGCAGCACCGGCAGCGCGGGCGCAUCACGGCUGGAGGGGGCCAUGGCGUAA